AUGAGUAAAUCAAAUUAUAGUGAAAUAUGGACUUAUUUCACACCAAUUUGCGAUGCUGAACGAGCUAAGUGCAAGCUGUGUAAUAAAGAAUACUCAAGGAAAGGAAGAACUACAACGGCCAUGAGAAAUCAUUUAAAGGCAAUGCAUAAAACCGAGUUUUCCAAAUUGGAAGAGUGUGAAAAACGAAAACAAGAUGCAUCUAAAUCACUUGAGCAGGCAUCAUCUUCGCAUCAAAUAAAAUCAUUUAUGAAACAAAUAUCGUUUCAAGAAUGUGUGGAUAAAACAAAACAGUGGGAUAAUAAUUCUGCUAAGUCAUUGGAAGUGGAUAAUUUUAUAAGUGAAAUGGUUGCGUUGGAGGACUUGCCAUUUCGUUUCGUGGAAAGUGUUGGUUUCGUAAGACUUAUCAAGCAUUUGUGUCCGUCUUAUAAUUUAAAAUCGCGUCAGUAUUUUACUUCAUUUAUCUGCGAUAAAUUAUUUUGCAAAGUAAGUGAGAAAAUACUUCAAUUAUUGAAGUCGUUCGAAAAAUUAUCAUUUACUACCGACAUUUGGUCUGAUACCUGUUCUGGAGUUUCGCUGCUGAGUUUAACUUGUCAUGGGAUCACAAAAGAAUUUGAAAGGAAAAUGAUAGUGUUAAAAGCAGAAGUAUUCAAUGAAGGCCGCCACACCGGAGAAAAUAUUGCUCACAAACUUGAAGACAUCUUGUCGUUUUGGGAAAUACCUAAAGAUAAAGUGAAAUGUGUAGUUCGCGAUGCAGGUGCUAACAUGAAAAAAGGUGUUAACUUAUUAAAUGUUGAACAUAUUGACUGUGCUUCUCACAAGAUUCAAAACGUAUUAAAAGCAGGAAUGAAAGCUCAAGAAACUGUUGUGUCUGCCAUAACAAAAUGUAAAAAGAUGGCAACUCAUUUUCAUCAUUCGACCAGUGCCCAAGAUGAGUUGACUAGUAUACAAAAAAGGCUUAAUCAAAAACCACUGAAGACUAUACAAGAAUGUACUACUAGGUGGAACAGCACUUUUUAUAUGUUGGAGCGUAUUUUACAAGUCAAAGAGUCGUUAUGUCUGUACGCAUCGGCAAAUAAUAAAAUUCCCCAAUUGGCUUCUGACGAGUGGAUGAUUAUUGAAAAACUUAUCGGUUUACUAAGACCAUUUGAAGAAAUAACCAAAGAGUUAAGUGCUAGCGAUGUUUCUAUUUCUUCUGUGAUUCCCUUAAUCACCACUCUAGAAAAAGUUGUUCAUGAUCUUGAUUCUUCCGAUGAGCACAUUGGUGAUACGAUUACUGUCUUGAAAGACGAGCUCAUUCGCAAGUUUUCAGGUUUAGAGAAUGAAAUAUUGUUUUCCACGGCGACCUUCAUUGACCCAAGAUAUAAAUCAAAAUUUUUUAAAAUACGUCGACUAAAGAGCGUGUCAUAG